AUGGCAGGCUGGCAGUGGUAUUUCCUCUCCGUGCUCAUUCUGAGACGAUCUUGCGUUGCAGACUCUUGCGAAGGUGACAGUUGCCUGGAUCAAAACUCUUUGCUGCAGACUGCAGACCGCUCACGGCAGUUGUCCACCGAAACUGGAACCUGCUCGGUUGGUGCGCAUGUGGCCUGCCCGGGCUCUUCAGCCUUCUGCGCUGGCAAUGAAUGCUGCCCUGGCGCCCCAACCUUUCCGUGCCCUUCUGCGUCGCCAGAUUUCGUAGGGUGUGGAUCGACGAAGAAGCUCUUCAGCUGCACCGGCUCGAAGCCCUCCGAAGCUCCUGCUCCUGCUCCUGCUCCUGAGGCGAAGGAGGUUCAACAGGCAUCGGGAGAUCUUCUGCUCACCAUGCAUUUGGUGAACCGUGAAUGGGCCGAUGGCGUGAUCUUCUGCCGUGGACCUGCCAGCGAACUCAGUAACAUUUGGCUUGAUGCAGCAGGGACCCAGAGCGUGGCCGGAUCAGCGAUUGAUUGCUCCAAUCCCGGUUCAGCCGCGGCACAGAAGUGGGGACAUGGCGUUCCGGAGCUCACGACCCUGUGCUUGGGCCUGAAGCAAUCGGAGACGAUGGACCUCUAUUUCACCGAGGGGUCCAAUUGGCCUUCCGGCACCUGUUGGUUUCAAGAUGCUGAAUCCAACAAGGUGCAGUCGUUGUCCAUGGGACCGAUGUACCAAAGUCAAGUGGAGUUCACCAUCACGACCGUGGUCUCCUGGGACUUGACCUCAGUGGAAGGCGUCUCAGGUGGUUUGACCAUGAACUACACCAACAACAACGGACAAGCGGAAGAUGUGGUCGCCAUCCCCGGCAAGUUCAAAGGCUCCCAGUUGUCCAUCACGAAGGCGCCCGGCGCUGGAUUUCCAACGGUGCUCGCCGACAAGCAUCGCUUUGGAGCUUGCGCCUGCACACAAUAUUCACCAACUCUUGCGAGCUGCAACAACGACGCUUGCUUCACUGGCUGCCCUGGUGCAUUGGCAGACAAUCCUUGCGGUCAGCAUCGAUGCCGCCAAUGGUAUGCCAAAAGCUAUGAGACAGAUGAAAGCUACUGCGGAUGGCUCUUUUCGAAUGAUGCGGAGACAUACUGCUGGGCCAUGGACGAGUGGCAAUGCACCGACCCAUCUUGUGGUUAUGGUGGAAUUGAUCAGCCAAAUCAGGACUGCUCGGACGUCUUGCAAGACCCCAAUGUUGGAAGCCGGGCCAACGUCUACAGUUGCGGUGCGCUGAAGGAUCAGAAGGCGACUCAUGGCCUUUGGUGGGAACAUGGGGUGGGCUGCGUCGACAAGAAGGUACGUGGAGUGCCUACAAACCCGAUCGUGCCCCGAAGGGGAGGACGAAUCGAUAUUAGCUUUGACAACUUGCCUUGGAUGCAUGAGUAA